AUGUGCUAUAGACUGUCUGGGAGUGUCUUCAAUACCAUCUCCCAACUGGGUAACUGUGUUGGACUGGUUGUCACUGCCGUCAUAGCCGCUUCCUCCACCGCCCAAGAUGAUGGCUCGGCAAACGAUACAAGUACAUCUUCUCAAACGGGCGGUCAGCUUCUCGAGGGGUAUCGUGCUGCGUAUUGGAUUAUAUUUGCUGGCAUGGUAGUUGUCUUCCUGGUGAGCUCUCUGGGGCUUCGUCAUAUGGGAAAAGUCGGUAACAAGCAAGACCAAGAGCUUGCAAUGGUCGAAAGAGAUAGCAUUUGCCCCACGAGGCAAUAUAGUAGCUACAACUACACCCUUGAGCCUUAG